AUGUUCCCUCAACGCAACAUCCUUCGUCUGGCUCAGCGCUCUGCGCAGCAGACUCGCUCCGCCCCCGUCCGCGCUGCCGUCCAGCGUCGGUUCAACAGCACCGAGGGCAGCAAGUUUCCCUGGGCCGUGGACAACGAGUUCAACCGUGAGCGCGAGGCUGUGAAGCACCACGCUGCUGCUACCAGUGACCUCUGGCGCAAGCUCUCCAUCUAUGCUGUCAUCCCCGCCCUCGUCCUGGGCAGCCUGACCGCCUACAACCUCUGGGAGGAGCACUGGGAGCACUGGGACCACAUGCCCCCUCUCGAAGAGCGCACCGAGUACCCCUACCAGAACAUCCGGGUGAAGAACUACCCCUGGGGAGACGGUGACAAGACCAUCUUCUGGAACAGCUCCGUCAACUACCACAACAAGGACAAGACCACCUAA